GAGAGAGAGAGAGAGAGGGAGAGAGGGGGGGAGGUGGAAAUUGUUCAUUUUGAUGGGAUUUGGGGAUCUGGGGUUUUGUUUGUGAGGAGGGGAAAGAUCUUUGUUUUUUGUUUUUUGUUUUUUUACAUUUUUUUUUUUUGGUGUUUAAACUGUUUUAGCAUCUUGGUUGUGUUUAGAUUUGGUGUUUUAUUUUGAUUUGGUGAGGGGAAGGAAAGAAAAAAGAGAGAGAGAGAGAGAGAGAGAAGAAAAAGUGUGUUCAAAUCCUUCUUUUUAAAAAAAAAAAAAAUUUUGGGCUCUUUUUCUCUUUAAUUUGAGCAUCUUAAAGGUGCCAUCUUUGUUUCUCUUUGUUGAGGAUCUGAAGUUGAUUUUAGAUUUUGAAUCCACUUUUUUUUUUCCCUUUUUUUUUUUUUUUUUUUUUUUUUUUUUUUUUGGGUUCUCGUCGCCUCUCCUCUCCUACCCAAAAGUAAAAGCCCUUACUUUCAUGUCAAAAAAGCUCGGGAAUGUCGUUGAAUCCCUAGGGUUUAACCCCUCAAAUCCAAAUCCCAUCUCCUCCGCCUCCUCCCAAUUUUUGAUUUGAUCUCGAAAUCGAGGCCCUUCCCUUCGCCCUCCUCCGGAUUUUCUAGGGUUUUGAUCUGAAUCGGAUGGUCCUUUGCUAGGGCUAGGGCUAGGGCUUCAUGCAUCUUUCUCUAUGGAAGCCCAUAUCCCACUGCGCCGCCCUGAUCCUGGAGAAGAAGAACCGGUGGCGCAGCAGCGGCAGCGGCGGCGGCGGCGGCGGAGGAUCGCCGGAGGAUGGCGGCGGCGGAGGCGGCGGCGGCGGUGCCUCCGCCGGGAAGCGGCGGGCUCCGGCGCCGUCGUUCCUGCGCCAGCUCCAGGAGUCGAAGCUCCGGGAAGCCCUAGAGGAAGCUUCCGAGGACGGGUCCUUGUUCAAGUCCCAGGACGCCGACCUCAGCGCCGAGGAGAUCUCCGGCUCGAUCGGGCGGUCGCGGUCGCUCGCGCGCCUCCACGCCCAGAAGGAGUUCCUCCGCGCCACCGCCCUCGCCGCGGAGCGCGUGUUCCGCUCCCCGGAGAACGUCCCCGUCCUCGAGGAGGCCUUCUCCAAGUUCCUCACCAUGUACCCCAAGUACCAAUCCUCCACCGAGGUCGACAACCUCCGGUCCCGCGAGUAUUCCCAUCUCGCCGACGACGGCUCCAAGGUAUGCCUCGAUUACUGCGGCUUCGGCCUCUUCUCCCACCUUCAAACGUUCCAAAACUGGGAGUCCUCGGCCUUUAGCCUCUCGGAGAUUACCGCGAAUUUGAGCAACCACGCUUUGUACGGCGGUGCCGAGAAGGACACCGCCGAGCACGAUAUCAAGGCUCGGAUAAUGGAUUAUUUGAACAUCCCCGAGAACGAAUACGGUUUAGUAUUUACUGUUAGCAGAGGCUCUGCAUUCAAAUUGUUAGCCGAAUACUACCCCUUUCAUACCAACAAGAAGCUCUUGACAAUGUUCGAUCACGAAAGCCAAUCGGUGAAUUGGAUGGCCCAGCGCGCGAAAGAGAAAGGGGCGAAGGUCUAUAGCGCGUGGUUCAAGUGGCCGACGCUCAAGCUCUGCUCGACUGAACUGAGGAAGCUGAUCUCGAGCAAGAAGAGGAGAAAGAAGGAUUCCGCCGUCGGGUUAUUUGUGUUUCCCGUUCAGUCGAGAGUGACGGGGGCGAAGUAUUCUUAUCAGUGGAUGGCUUUGGCCCAGCAGAACAAUUGGCACGUAUUGCUCGAUGCGGGAUCUUUGGGCCCUAAGGACAUGGACUCGCUAGGGCUCUCGCUUUUCCGGCCGGAUUUUAUAAUCACUUCGUUCUACAGAGUGUUCGGAUCCGACCCAACUGGUUUCGGCUGCCUUCUGAUUAAGAAGUCGGUGAUGGGGAGUUUACAGAGCCAGAAUGGGAGUACUGGGUCUGGCAUGGUCCGGAUCGUUCCGGUGUUUCCUCAGUAUUUAAGUGAUUCUAUGGAUGGGCUGGAUGUAAUCGAUGGGCUUGAGGAUGAUAACAUAGUUGGAAACGAAGAGAGUUCGAGGUCUAACACACACAAGGAAUCCCAGCUGCCGGCCUUUUCAGGUGCAUUUACAUCUGCUCAAGUGCAAGACGUAUUUGAAAGCGAGAUCGAUCACGAGAAUAGUUCUGAUAGGGAUGGCGCGAGUACCAUAUAUGAAGAGAAUGAGAGCAUUUCUCUCGGAGAAGUCAUGAAGAGCCCAGUUUUCAGCGAGGAUGAGUCGUCCGAGAGUUCUUUCUGGAUUGACUUGGGUCAGAGCCCGUUAUUUGGGACCGACAAUUCGGGCCAGCUGAACAAAGGUAAGUUGUUGGGAUCUCCAUUACCGCCUUCAUGGUUUACGGGAAGGAAAAAUCAUAAGAAGGUAUCGCCAAAAGGGAAGAUAUCAAAGAGCCCAAUUUAUGAUGAACGCGUUCUCUCUUUCGACGCGGCUGUGUUAUCGGUCUCGCAAGAGCUAGACCGUGUUAAAGAAGUACCCGAAGAAGAGAAUGCAAGUAAUUCUUGGAGAGAGAGUGAGAUUCAAGAAGAGCCUGUAGUUAAAGAACCAACAAGUGUUCGUACAGUGAAGUUCACUUCGACCAACGGGCUUCGAAGUAUUAAUGAGAAUGGUUCCGCUUCAGAAAUUUGCGUGGAAAGCCAAACUGAUGCGAAGGAAAGUGCGAUAAGAAGGGAAACAGAAGGGGAAUUCCGUCUAUUGGGCAGGAGAGAAGGAAAUAAUAACAGAUUUGCGGGGGGUAGAUUCUUUGGUGUGGAAGACAAUGAGGGGGCUUCAAGCAUGGGCCGAAGGGUAUCAUUUGGUGUGGAAUAUCAUAAUUCCGAUGCUGGCGAACCCUCUGGGCAUGCGGCUAGCCAUGAUUAUGAUGAUGAUGAUGAUGAUGAUACUAUGAUGGAGGAUGAUGAUGGUGCUGUAGAAUGGAAAAGACGAGAGCCUGAAAUACUAUGUAGACAUCUCGACCAUGUGAACUCAAUGGGUCUUAACAAAACCACAUUAAGGCUGAGGUAUUUGAUCAAUUGGUUAGUGACUUCCCUGCUUCAACUUCGUCUACCUGAUUUAGGAAAUGACAGUGAUGUGUCUCUUGUUGAGAUUUAUGGCCCAAAGAUUAAGUAUGAAAGGGGGGCAGCUGUGGCUUUUAAUGUGAAGGAUAGCGGCGGAAAGUUAGUUAACCCAGAAGUAGUUCAAAAAAUGGCUGAGAAAAAUGGUAUUUCUCUAGGCAUUGGCUUUCUUAGUCACAUAAGGGUCAUGGAUAACCAGAAACAAUUGCAUGGGGCGGUCGAUUUGAACGAUGCAUCCUUCUGUAAGCCUACAUCGACAAAUCGGCACGAUAGUAAAAAUGCUACAAUAAAAGUGGAGGUUGUUACCGCUUCACUUGGGUUUUUAACAAACUUUGAAGAUGUGUACAAAAUGUGGGCUUUUGUUGCGAAGUUUCUAGAUCCUUCUUUUCUCGAUAGUGAAAGAUUAUCCUCAGUUGCCGAGUCUUCAGAAUUGUAGCAGAUUGGAAAAUUUUGCCUUUAGCUGUUAAUGGUGGCGAUGGUUUCAGAGGGAGAUGCAGAAGGAAGAAGCAGAGUGGAAGUUAUGUGUCUUUUGCCUGUUUCUUUUGCAUCUUCGUCUCUUCUGCUUGUGAAAAGGACGGACGAUGGCUUGUGAUCUUUGGCAGGUGAAUUUAUUUAUUCUUGGCCUCUGUAGAGUUUGUUUAAGAUAUAUGUACCAGCUGAGUUACUCGCGGAGCUUCUUUUUCUACUGAAUAUUUGUAAAGCAGCUCUUUGCGCAAGAUCUAGUCUCGCUAGCUUGUAUGAUUUUGGAUAGCAAGGUGAUGAAGCAAUUUUUACCUUUCCUCAUUUAUGUUGUCCUGAAUUUGCAUUUGUGUUUAAUCAGAUUGCUCAAAUUUAAUGCUUAUUAUCAUAAAGCUUCCAA